AUGGGUAUUGUUGUUGGUGUUGCUGGUGAGGUUGCAGCUGAUGCUGCUGCUGAGGCCGCUACUGAAGCAGCAGCUGAGGCUGCAGGAGAGGCUGCAGCCGAAGCAGCAGGGGAAGCGGCUGCUGAUGCAGCUGCAGAGGCAGCAGCAGAAGGAGCAGAUGACGCAGCAGACGAAGCUGCUGUCGAAGCGGCGGGAGAAGCAUCAGCCGAGGGAGCGGUCGAAGCUGCUGUUGAAAAAGCAGUUCCCGCGGGUUCGAGUCAAAUUUUCAGGGAGGUGGUUCGUGCUGUCGUUAUCGUCAGCUUGGUCAAGACAGCCAUCACAGCCACCAUUAAAAUUGUUAAAGCUUUACUAGCAAAGGAUACAAUACAGAAACUGCUCGAGAAGCUUCACAAGGCUCUUCAAGACGCUCAAAACAACAUGAAGACGUGGAAUGACCAAAUCGCCAAGGCCAUCAAGGAUGGAAAGCUGACGGAGAUGAGGAAGUUGGAGGACGAGGUGGAAAUGACUAUAGGUUAUCUCUUCAGUGCUGAAAUGAAUGCCAAGGUCACUGCCUUCCUCUCAGCUGUUCAAGGUCCCGUUUUGAAUGUUAGCAGUGUCGCCAAGUCCUCGAAGAACAUCGAAAAGAUCGAGGAUGCUCUUGGGAAGGCCAAGGAUGCAUUCCUGAAGGCCUCUGACCCUUUCUUGGCCAUCGUGAAGAAAUGGGAUGCCAAGGAUAAUGCGAUCAAGAAGGAAGCUGGAGUUGAUUUCCAGGUGGCCCAGCUUGAAGCCAACAUUAAAGCCGUCAGGGACCAACCGGUUUAA